GUCUGAUGCAUUUUCACACGGACUACAAUAUUUUACGAGUGAAAUUCCAAUACAAAUGGAUUGAGACCGAGAAAUGAUCAAGUUAUUCAUUGUUAUAAUCUGCAAAUAUGGGUUUUUCGAUGAAACCCCUUGUACAGUAUUUUGAAGUUUUCUCAGCCAUUUUAAGUGCAAGUAUUAACUUUUUUAUAACCAAAAUGAUCAGCACAAAAAGUUCUAUAAAUCUUAUAAAUUUGACGUGAUUUGAAGGUGUUCACUGUAACGAUGGUAGGAUUCCCAUGGAAUCACCCGUAUUGGUUACUACUCUUAUUUGUGACUGUCUCUAAGCGAGCAUGGAGAAAAAGGUCAUCAUUAAAUUUAUUUUACUACUUUUAGUAGUAUUUUUUUUUUCUCUGUCUCCUGUACAUAUAUAUAUGUAUAUGUAUAUUUUGUGUGUAGGCGUCAUUAUUUGCGUUCUCUGAGUAGAUUGAUAUUGUUCGUUAUGCCCUCAAAAUCAAAGAAAAAGAAUCGAGGCCCAACUCUUUAUAGAACAUUUGUCGAUGCUUAUAUGAAAGCUCGACCUAAUGAAAAACGAGCUGACAAACAUUAUGAUGCAAAAGUUGAAUGGAAUAAAAUAAAAUGGAAUGAAGAAUAUGUUAAAGAAAUAAUUGAAGAAUAUUUUUCUAAAUAUAAUGAAUUUGAAGCAUCUUCAAGGGAAGUCGAAGAAGAAUUCCUAUAUGAAUAUCCAAAAGAAUUACCAGGUGCAACUGGCUGUCCAUUUGAAGCAUUGGUAAAACAAAAAAAAACACCAGCACAAGAACGUAUUUUUCUAGCAUUAAUUUCUAUUAAUGCACAUAUUGCUACAUUAGUACAAGUUGGACAAAUGGCUUAUGAAUUAAAACGUCUUCAAUCAAAACAAAUAUCUUCAAUUUUUUUUUUUUUUAAUUUUAUAUUUUUCUAUGUUGACCAUUUAUUUGAAACAAAACCUGAAUUACACACACAAUUAAAAAAACUUUAUCGUCGUGGUGCUGGUCGACCACGUGUUGAAGAACAAUGCCCUAAUUUAUUACAAAUUAUUAAAGAAAUUGUAAAAGUUGGUGGAGCAAGUGAUGAUAGAAGACAAUCAGAAAUUAUUCGAUCUUGUUUAACAUUAGAUGAUUUAAGAGAAAAAAUUAAACAAAGAGGUUAUGAUAUUAAACGAACAACACUUUAUUAUCGGUAA